GGUGUUUUCAUACCCUGAACGCGACACGACGCAUGGACCGCCGUACAGCAGGCCCGCCCAGCGGGACUCCCGAGGCAGCGCGCAUGUAACGAGUAACGAGUAACUGAGUCGAUCCUUCCGAGCCGCUCUGGUCCAAAAUAGACGCACGACGCGGCCAGCGCGCCGCCCUCUGCAGCCCGCGGGAGCGUCACGUCAUCCAGCGCCUCGCUCGGGAAAUUCGAACACAAGAGCCUUCAAACAAGCGACACGCAUCUCUCUGAUCCAAGGUCACACCGAGCCGGCAUCCUGCACGCGCGCGCACGCACGCACACACACACACACGCGCGCGCGUCAUCAUCCCACCUCGAAAGUGAAUAGUCAGCGUUGGUGGUGGGCCAGUGAUGCCGCCCCCGUCCACCAGUUCCCCCGCCGUGCCUCCGCCAGACGGCGGCUGGGGGUGGGCCGUGGUGCUGGCGUCUUUCAUCUCCAUAGGCUUCUCGUACGCUUUCCCCAAGGCCAUCACCGUCUACUUCAAAGACAUCCAGAUCAUCUUUGACUGUUCCUACAGUCAGAUCGCAUGGAUCUCCUCCAUCAUGCUAGCGGUCAUGUAUGCUGCAGGUCCCAUCAGCAGCAUACUGGUCAACACUUACGGCUGCAGGCCCGUUGUCAUGAUGGGCGGCUGUCUCUGUGCCACUGGCAUGAUCCUAUCUUCCUUCUGUAACAGCGUGGUGCAGCUUUACCUCUGCAUUGGGGUCAUAGGUGGACUUGGACUAGCCUUCAACCUGCAGCCAGCCCUGACUAUGAUAGGCAGAUACUUCUGUAAGAAGCGUCCCAUUGCCAACGGACUGGCGAUGGCAGGCAGUCCCGUGUUCCUCAGCACCCUGGCUCCUCUCAACCAGUACCUCUUCAACCAGUUUGGCUGGAGAGGCAGCUUCCUCAUCCUGGGUGGCCUGCUAUUGAACUGCUGCGUGGCCGGGUCCCUCAUGAGGCCCCUGGGGCCGCCGCAAGGCAAGCUCAAGAAGGACGAAGAGUUAGCCGCCAUAACCACCUCCACGAAAGAGAAGCGAACCGCCUGGCAAACAUUCAACAAGUACCUGGACCUGUCCCUCUUCAAGCAUCGCGGCUUCCUCAUUUACCUCUCGGGCAAUGUCAUCAUGUUCCUGGGCUUCUUCGCACCCAUUGUCUUCCUCGCGGCCUACGCCAAGGACAUGGGCGUGGAUGAGUACUCGGCUGCCUUCCUGCUCUCCGUUCUGGCUUUCGUCGACAUGUUUGCCAGGCCCUCCAUGGGGCUGCUGGCCAACUCGCGCUGGGUCCGGCCCCACAUCCAGUACUUCUUCAGCUUUGCAGUGCUGUACAAUGGAGUGUGCCACAUCCUUUGCCCACUGGUGGAAAGCUACACCGGUCUGGUGGUGUAUGCGAUGUUCUUCGGCUUUGCUUUUGGCAUGGUCAGCUCCGUGCUGUUUGAAACGCUGAUGGACCUUGUUGGGCCUCAGAGGUUUUCCAGUGCUGUGGGACUCACCACCAUCGUGGAGUGCUGCCCGGUCCUCAUCGGUCCUCCUCUAGCAGGGAAACUGGUCGAUCUCACAAACAACUACAAGUACAUGUAUUUCUGCUGUGGCGCAGUAGUGAUCCUGGCCAGCAUUUGGCUCUUUAUCGGGAACUUCAUUAACUACAGGCUCCUGGAGCGUGAGCGCAAGUGUGCAGAGAUGUACAAACCGACUGAGACAGAAGAUCCAGACAAAGUUCUGGGUCAGAAGGCGGCCGACGGGGAGGCGCAGGCGUCGGAGGAAAAGGGCGACGAACCAAUGCAACGGGAAACCAACAUCUAGACCCCUCUGCGCAGCCAACAGCUCACCCUCCCCUCCGCGACAACCUCGCAACACACUCCACCACGAUCAAACCAGGCCAAGCCUAGAGGUGCCUCUAUUUGUGGUCCUCUGCACUUCUGUGAAACUGCAACUGCCAAAGGAACGACUGCAGGAGGCUGCGAGGCUCAAUAUCUGUUUGUUGUUUGUUAAAGAGCUGCGACUAUAACAGGAAUGUUAACCACAGAGAAAUGUUUAAGAUAUUGCAUGCAUAUGGGGAAACCAAGUCAAAAAACUGAAUGGGAAACAGUGUAGUAAUAUGUACUUCAAUAUGUGUUUUGCCGCGUUCACCUCAUAUCGGAUUUACUGUCAAAAGAAAUUUGUAUCAAAACCUGAGAGCGGAAACCACGGAUGUUACAGAUGAUUAGAAAAUUGAUUUCUUUGGCUGAUAUGAGUUAUAUCGUUGUCCCAACAAGUUCAACAACAAUAUUUAAGCUGUAGUAACAUCCCUUUCUUCCCGGGUCAGUCUUCCUAUAUGACGUGAAUGCAGCAUCAGCGCGCUGCCAAACUGAACCAGCACCAGCAGACUGAAUCCACGCUCCAGUCGGAAUGGUCUCUCUUCUUCACAACACAAGAAAUAUUUGGUACUCAAGGAAAGGUUAAAUCAACAAGAGAAAAGCGCUGCACAGGUCAGUCCUGUUGUUGGAAAGUCAUCGGUUUCAGCUCCUUGGAGAGGUUUUGAGAAACACUGAAUCCUAACUGCAUUCACACCACGGGUAACUUGACUUAUGAGCAAUUUUUGAAGAUUGUUGGGAUAUCUGAAUGUCCAGUAGUCGUUCACAUUAAAGUGGCUGCUUUUACCGAUGGGAACGUUAUUGAAAUCAUAUCAACGGGGAGCAAAAGAGGAUCGGAAAUCUGAUGACGUCAGUUUGUUGAGCCUAAAGUGUUUGGCUGAUUUUCCUCGGUUGGUCAGCUCCGCAGGAUGUGAAAAACUCCUGAUGACUUGUUGAUUUUGUUGCCCGCAGCGUGAAUGCAGCGUUCGGAAUCCCAGUGCAGCAGGAAAUGGUUGAUCCAUCUGGUGGUAUGUUUCAUGCAAGAGCUCAAAAUCCUAAUUGCACUGUGUUUUAAAAUGGCAUUUGGGUGCCAUAAAAUCCACGCUUCCAAAAAUAAUGAACAGAUGUUUUCACAGCUGGGGAUGCUGUUGCCCGUGUAUCAUACGGCCCGCCUUUGCACUCUUACGUUGUGUAGCGAAACCUGCGCAAAUGUCCCACUUUAAUACUUCCAACGAAGUCAUAAAAGGCUUCCUGCACGUCGUUGAUUGUUCCAUAUUGCCCUCGUAUAGUAAGUACGCUGAAAGAGAAAUGGCCCCAAACAACAUUAGAGAAAAAUGCUGCGAUUAAACAAGUUUAACUGUGGUUGAAUGUAAUUUCCUCUGUGAGCCUUAACAAGGUAUAAAUGACCAAAAACCAUCUGCAUAACAGUGGCAUUUCUACAGACAGAGCCCAUUAGCAAUAUAAUUCCUCAUAUUCUAAUGCAGAUAUACAGGGAAAUGUGUUUCUUGUGCGAUACAUUGCCUUAAAUGUAAUGUGAAAAAUGCAGGGGUACGUAUGGGGAAUUAUAUUAUACGAAGCGGAUAAACCUUUGUGUGUAAAUGUGACCCACCUUUUCUGCUGUGAAUAACUUUAAUAUGAGAAACCAGUGUUGUGUCCUCUGUUGGUCUCCUAACAUGUCUGUUUUAAUGUUGAAGUUAUGAAAUUCCAUGAUUUUGUUCUGUAACUAACUUAUUGAAAUCCACAUCAGAAUGGAAAUAUGAAGAAAAAUACUACAGUUGCUUCUAAUCACUAAAUGCUAUUGAAGGACAAUAUUUUGAAACGUAUUGCGUUCAAAGGAGUGUGCGUUUUAUGACACAAUGGAACCUGUGCUGUAAAUGUCAAUAUUGUCUGACAUUUUAUUCAUUCCAGAUGUUUUGUAAAUGUCACCCUGCCGCGCUGUCAAUGUGUUUUGAUCAAUAACCUGUGGCUUUGGUGUGAAACAUUGUCCUAAUCGUGUCCUGUCCCAUAACAAAGACAACACAUUUCAAGAACAAAUGUCAUUUUUUCAUAGCGGUCAUGAACAACAAAAAAACACAAAUGUGUAUUCUAAGUAAUGCAAAUGGGUGUCCAGCUGUGUAGCAGGAGCUCAUAUCUAUGUGUCUUCACCUGGUUCAUUAACUCCACAUGCUUUGUUACUGUGAAAUCCCAUCUGGAAAAUGGGGGUGUUUGACCAGAUGGAUUCUGAGGACAUUUAUUGUAGAUGAGAUCAUUUCUGAAGGAUCUGCACACUUGUUCUCACGGUUCCAUUUGAAAAUGUGCUAGUCAGGGUAUAUUGCCAUGUCUUUAGCCUCCUUAUAGCUUUAGUUAAUGACUAACAUUAGAACCUUAUGAAUGUUACCGUAUCAUGCUGGCACUUCAUUAGUGGAAGGAGAUGCUACUGAAAUCGGAUGUCACUGUUCAUGACGCCUCUCACUGGGAAGGAUAGACUGCUGCUGUACAAUCACUUUUUACCAAAUAACACUGCCCCCUGCUGGUUCUUAGACACCUAGACCAAACUGUACAAGAAGGCCAAGCUUCCCUUUCCUCUCACACACAACGGUUCAGAAAUUCAUUUUUAAGAUGUCCGAGCAAGGUUUUAGUUAUUCAUGGGGGAUGUAAGUGCAUCAGUAACUUUUACUUUUAUUGUACUGUCCAUAUGAUUAUACAUUUUGGGUGUGUACUUGCUAGGUACACAAACAAUUAAACGCAACCUUGUAAUGGUUCAGAGAAACUAAGGGGAGUAGCAUCGACUUCCAACAUAUUUUCCCCCACAGAUGUUAUUUUUGCUCCAAUCAUUUGUUCUCUCUAAUCAGUAGUAGAAGCUUAGUCGAAACACUAUAAUCUGCUGAGCAGCGGUUCCCACAAUCAUAACACGACGGGAGGAAUUAAAAAUGAUCAUUAACACAAAA